AAAUUUUCGCAAAGCUAAAUGAUACGGCGAUUGCCAUUGGCUGUACAGCAAUCCAAUGAGGCAAGUCACGUGGUAAGCCAAGCGAGAGGUGGUUGUAUCAUUCGUAAUCUAACACCACGGACCUUAGAUUAGAUUUGGCAUGCUAGCGUUGCGGACUUGGGAUGCCGACAUCAAACUUCGCGGGAGUACUGAGCGACGGAACAGCAGAGACACUGCCCCUUAAACACCAAGAACACAUCACCACCACCAUCACCAACACGCUGGCGCAACACGUAUUCUCUUCCGAAUCCCCUCCGCUCCUUUGACAGUUACGACGAUUUGUCUACUCUCUCUCUCUCCAGUCUCUCGCUCGACAGCGCCCUAGACCCCUCGCGACACGAUACGAGUACGCUGCGCUGCCCAUUCGACCCCACCCUUUCUGGACUCUCCCUAUCCCGCAUCAGCACGAGACCACCAUCGUGAACGUACGACCCCAGAAACGCAUCCCAGACCAGUCGGUUCUCUCUCUUUGACGUCGUCAGAGACGAUCGCAAGUACACGCCGACUACACUCAUUCUCAUAUCGCGACCGCUGCUGGCAGAACUCUCGGAGCGCAAAUUACACUACACUAGAAUUAGGAGCAUCGGGGCUGAGACGUUCGCCUCGCGACCGCCGACCACAGACCUUCCAACAAACAAACAAUCCUUCCAAGCCAAUUCUUGAUGAGAUACACCCACUGCCAUUGAUUUUGUAUGUAUGCAGAUGGAAGGGGGGGUUGCAAUGUAUACCGACCCCGCGCAGGAUGCCCGGACCGACGAGGCUGGGCCAAACCUCUUUCUCAUGACAACGGCUAGCACGCCAGCGACUCCCGGCCCAUCUACGCCCACCGCCGUUCGACCACUACCGCUAGAUCAAUUGAAAAUUGAGGACCACCAUGAAGAGGACAUCAUUCCUCCCAUACGACCAAAAAGCACACCAUUUCCAGAGGCAGAUAUGGUUGAAGGAGAUAUACAAUGUUUGCAGCGGCUGAACGACGCCGAGAGAAUGGAUGAUGUCGCACAGCUCGAAAUACCACCCGCUUCGACCGUGUCGCAUUUAUGCUCUCUUCCCAUCGAAAUUCAUGACUGCAUUCUCGAUCACCUAUUCGGCCAACGAAGCUCGGCCGCUUCGAGAACCACAGGCCCGGGGAGGUCGAAGAUAUUAAGAAGUUGGGGCACGGCACUGAGGCAUUCGAGGAGGCGCGAAGUUGCUGAGUUGUCCCUGGUGAGCCGGAAAUGGAGAGGAUUGGUUCAGGAUCGGCUUUAUCGCCAUCUGAAGAUCAAGGGUACACGAGAGUCUGUCGAUCUGUCUAUUUACUGGUUUCACCAACACCCGCAUCUUUGUGGGUAUGUCAAACAUAUCGAAAUAUGGUUCCCGGUAUUCCAGCAGAAGAACCCCGCAUUCGAUCGUACUCUACGCGUUCCUCCAAUGACACACCUGGAGCGCUCAUCAUUAAAUCGGCCCCAUGUGCUAUCGGAAACCACCCUCAGCGUUACUUACCAAAGUCCAUCGAACAAUUGCACACUAGAGGAGAUUUUCGGCUUCAUCAAAUUGACUUUUGGAGAAGCGUGCAUCUUGACACUGGAGGGUGGGGACCGAAAAAAGCCACCAAUGGUCAAGCACUUUGUUGAUGGCUCGAUGCGCACGAAACUUCCGGUCAUUCCUCAAAUCAAAACUUUGGUAUGCAAGGGGCAAUGGAAUCUUAUCAGAUCCAACGAAGACUUCCAAAAUCUGUCUAUAGCGAUGCCAAAUCUCACUGAAUGGCACGGACUAUAUGCAAAACCAAAAUCGAAGAGUUAUAUAUCAAUGGCCGCUACUAUCCCGCAUAUUCCAAUACAGCUCACGCAUCUCAACCUCUGUCUCGAAAACGACUAUCGUAGGGAGGCUGUUUCACCCGUGUUUGUUCGAAAAGUGGCAGCGAAGACGCAUUUCUGUAUAGAACUCGCCAAAGCUAUCCCAACUCUGGAGCAUUUGUCCUUUACUGGAAGAAUAUGCCGCUCUUUCUUUGACGAUGCGGCAAAACUAAGCAAUUCUCGAACAUCACGAAUGAAAAGCAUCGAUUUACUAGUGAAGAAUAUUUGCAGACCUACGUUUGUAUGGAAUGACGGGACUGGGAUUUGUGAUAUGCCAUUCAUUCAGGCCUUUGAAGCAUUGGUCCAUUCUGCUGUCAGAUCACUAGACAAACUCGCAGCUUUGGAGUUUCUACGGAUUCGCUUCAUUGAUUUGGGUAAGUUGACAUUUCAAACUUUGCAUCGGCGGUGCUAAUAAAUGUAGAAUCCCAAGUGCCAGCUUUGAACCCUUACUUCCAACUUCAGGACAAUCAAUGUACCGGUAUCUGGAGUGAUUCUAUCAUCGAAACCCUCGACCGAACCAGACCUACAGCAAUCUUCAUGGAAAAGUCCGACACGAUUGGCGAUGUCAGCUUUAAAGACGGACAGUUUACGACGCUGGGUAAUAUCUCCAAAACCAAGACUUUAUCCAUUAAGGCGUCAAGCUACCAAGCAUUGACUGGUGUGAUCACGAUAAACUGAUUCUCAUCACCAUGUUUGCUUCUGAUGUUCCAAAUCCGUUCUCCGACAUGUCGAAGGUCAACAUGCAAAGCUCUUUACUUCAUCUUACGUUCCUUUCCAUAAUCGCUCCUUUCUCUUUUUGUCGCCCUUUUUUAUUUUUGCAUGCAUGUCUGGGAUAUUUGUGAGGGGAAAACGGGGAGGUUGGUUUUUAAUAUAAGAUAGGGUGGUCAAAUUGUGCAUCAUGGAAUCAUUGAGCGAUGGAGUUACAGUUUGCCUUUUGCAUUUGUUUUGGAAUUUUGAGGAGUUCUUUUCUUUCUCUCUCUUCCUUUCGCGGUAAUUAUUUUGACCACUUCGAGUUCUUUGCUAGGCUAGUGUGGACUUGGGGACUUUGGGUCGUGAAAAAGUCUACGGGAUCGUUUCGCUUUGUUUUCUUCUCUCUUUUUCUUUUUCUUUUCCUUGUUAUAGCUUUUGGUUCAUUUGAGACAGAAUUGCGCC